CCCACAGUGAUGCGGGCGGUCUAGGGGCCGCACCCUGAGAGGCAGUGAGAACCGGUUGACUUCACAAACGGCUUCCCGCAGGCUACCCUCGGCCGCCACCAACGCCCAGGCUCCCGGCGGCCCCAUCUUUGCCGCCGUCCGCCUGCCCCACCCUCCAGGCCCGGGUCGGCUGCGGGCGGAUUUCAGUCGGAUGUAGACCCGGGCGCAGAGGUACCACGACCAGCCACUACCUGGCUUCCACUUUGGCCAGCCACAGACACCGGGAGGACUCGCGACUUUGGUGUCCAGCAGCGUGUAACGCGGCCGCCCAUUGGCUCAGCUUCAUACGGCUUGGCCGUAGGGCAUCCAAAGGCUUUCAGAAUUGGCCGGAGCUGCAAGCGCCGGGGCCGGUUUACGGGAGGGGCGCGCUGGAGCGCGGCUGUUCUCGGAACCUGCGGCCUCGGCGAGCGUUCUACGUCUCGCUCACGCUCGGAGAUCAUGGAGGAUGCGACUAGGUCCUUUGGGAAAGGAAGCCUCCCCCCCGGGCCGGUCCCAGACGGCCUGAUCCGCGUCUACAGCAUGAGGUUCUGCCCCUACGCGCACAGGACGCGCCUCGUCCUCCGGGCCAAAGGCAUCAGACAUGAAGUUGUCAACAUUAACCUGAGAAACAAGCCUGAGUGGUACUAUACAAAGCACCCUUUUGGCCAGAUUCCUGUCCUAGAGAACAGCAAAUGUCAGUUGAUCUACGAAUCUGUCAUCGCUUGUGAGUACCUGGAUGACGCUUACCCGGGAAGAAAGCUGUAUCCAUAUGACCCUUAUGAGCGGGCUCGCCAGAAGAUGUUAUUGGAGUUAUUCUAUAAGGUCCCACACUUGACCAAGGAGUGUCUGGUAGCAUUGAGAUGCGGGAGAGAAUGUGCUGAUCUGAAGCUAGCCCUGCGUCAGGAAUUCUGCAACCUUGAAGAGAUUCUUGGCUAUCAGAAUACCAUCUUCUUUGGUGGAGACUGUAUAUCCAUGAUUGAUUACCUCUUUUGGCCCUGGUUUGAGCGGCUGGAUGUGUAUGGAAUUGCCGACUGUUUGAACCACACGCCAGCACUACGGCUCUGGACAGCAGCCAUGAAGCAGGACCCCACGGUGUGCGCUCUUCUCAUAGAUAAGAACAUUUUCUUGGGCUUCUUGAAUCUUUAUUUUCAGAACAACCCUGAUGCCUUUGACUAUGGGCUAACUUGCUGAGCCUCAGUCCAUCCCUUCACCAUCCAGAAUUCCCAAGCAUGUCGUGACUCUGCAUCAGGAAUUGUUUUGGUGGGUCAGUCAAUCUGUUCGUUUUCUUUGAGGUUCCCAAUAAACGUGGAGACAGAA